AAUCAAUUGUAAAAAUUAAUGUAUUUUUGGAUAAUUUUUCUUUUCCAGGAGCAUAUUUCAAUUGAGAAUUCGAUCGAAGACUUGCAAGAUGGUCGUGUUUUAAUUUCACUCGUUGAAGUCUUGUUAAAUACAAAAAUUAAUGCAGAAGAACCAAAAUUAAAAAUCCAUAAACUCGAAAAUGUCAAAAAGGUUCUGGAGUUGUUAAAAGAAAACGGGUUGCCCCUUACGAUGAAAAAUGAAGAAAUUGUCGAAGGAAACGAUACGCAAAUUUUAGCUCUAUUAUGGGAGAUUAUAUUGCACUUUCAGAUUUAUAGUGUUGUGCAAGAUAAACAAAGCACAGCUAUGAAACUUAAAGAUACAUCAUCAAAAACAAAACCUCUUUUAAGUCAGGUUGAACAACAUUUAAUAAAAUGGAUGCAGAAUGUUCUUCAAGGAAUGUCUGACUUCAUCAUGGUUGAUGAUCUUGAAAGCAGCUGGCAAGAUGGUUUAGCAUUUGUUUUUCUUCUAUAUGUUUUUCGUCCAUCGUCUGUUGACUUACGCAAAGCACUAAAAAUGUCCGCUCAGGAGAAGCUGAUGUACUCAUUUACUGUGGCAGAGGAGGAAUUUGGGGUUCCUUGCUUGUUGGAUCCUUUAGAUGUUGAAAAAGACAAAAUUGAUAAAGAACGAAUGCUGAUAUAUUUUUCUUCAUUAUACGAAGUCUUGAGAAAUCAUGAAGUAAAAAUAAAGUCCAAUAAUGAAAAGACAAGCCAUCUUCUGUAUUUAAGUGCUGCCGUCGUUUGUUUUAUUGUUUUCGUUUGUGUCAAUGCUAAAGUGUCUAAGUAGCACACAAAGCCCUUGUAUUGUUAAAUUCCGUAAAACGAAAAGAAAGACAGUUUACUUUCAAAUUUGAAUGUUGAAUUUGAAAAGGAAGACAGUAUAUUUUGAAAGAUGAAACGUGUAAAUCUCAACAAUCAAAGAAUUUCAUUUGAUUUUAUUAAAGAGUUUAAGAUCUAA